AGGACAGAUCGUGAAGCUGAGGCUCCAAUACUUUGGCCACCUCAUGAGAAGAGAAGACUCCCUGGAAAAGACCCUGAUGUUGGGAAAGAUGGAGGGCACUAGGAGAAGGGGACGACAAAGGACGAGGUAGUUGGACAGUGUUCUCAAAGCUAUGAACAUGAGUUUGACCAAGCUGCAGGAGGCAGUGGAAGACAGAACUGCUUGACGUGCUCUGGUCCAUGGGGUCACGAAGAGUCAGACAUGACUAAACGACUACACAACAACAACAAUCAUCAUCAAAUAUCUGGAAAACCAGCUUUAUUAUUUUUUUCUUGUGAAUAUAACAUACGCCAACUUUGGCUUGGUUUGUUUUAGUUUUUAUGUGUUUGUUUCAUGAAGUUCUUUUUUUUUUAAAAAAAAAGUAUGAGCACAAUGUGAUAACAAAGAACUAUGGGUAAUGAAGCACAUUCUGUAGAUUUUUGCAAGGGCUGUGUUCAUGGUACAGCCUCUCACAUGCACUAUAAAGUGAGCCACUUCCUGCCUUGCUCUUGGCAGCUUGAGCAGGGAAGAGCAGCAGAUUGAGGUAAAGGGACUGUUACAUCGAUAGUCCUUUCAGAUCAUAUCACAACCCUGCUAGCAGGAAAUGGUAAGAAGAGCUUUCCUGUCCUUUAUCCUAGCAUCACCAGUUGCAAACGUAAAAACAAGCCUUUUUGUCUGCAGCACAAUCAGAACCCAGUGCAUUCAUCUGAGGAGACAGUAUGGAAGCUACUGCAAAGUUUGACUUCAAUGCAACAGGAGAGGAUGAACUGAGUUUCCGGGUUGGGGAUGUUCUGAAGAUUUUAAGCUCUAAGGAAGAGUGGUACAAGGCUGAGCUGAAUAGUUAUGAAGGAUAUGUCCCAAAGAAUUUCAUAGAUUUUCACAGUCCCAGCUGGUUCCAUGAAGAAGUAUCCCGCCACAAGGCAGAGAAUAUGCUCAGGGGGAACAAAGUGGGCUCCUUCAUCGUCCGAGCUACUCAGAACCGUCCAGGCGACUUCUCCAUCUCUGUCAGGCAUGAAGAGAACGUACAGCACUUUAAAGUGAUGAGGGACUCAAAGGGCAACUACUUUUUGUGGAGCGAAAAGUUCCUGUCACUAAAUAAACUUGUGGAAUUCUACAAGACUUCUUCCAUCUCCAGACAUGCACAGAUCUUCCUGCGGGAUCAGACCCAGAAAGAACAGCAGGAAGCCACUGUAUGGAACCUGGCCAAAAAGACACAGGAAGUGCUUCACCUGAAUGGAGGACAUGGGAAAGAAGCAGGAGCAUCAGGGCAUAACAAAGAUGUGGAUCAAUCAGCAUCUUGGCAGCAUAAGCAGGACCGACGUGGCAGGAGUCUGGACAUUCAAGAUACGUCUCAGAGCCAAAGACACCAUGGAGAAGGGAGUGGACCAUCUAUGUUCCGGAGACACACCGAUCCAGCACAGCAACCACAGCGAACACGAUGGGUCCGUGCCUUGUAUGACUUUGAGGCAGUGGAGCAUGAUGAGCUAGGUUUCUACGCUGGAGAUGUCAUUGAAGUCCUGGACAACUCUGAUGCAUUCUGGUGGAAAGGCUCUUUACAUGGAAAAUUGGGUCUCUUUCCUGCCAACUAUGUAGGGCCAAUGUCCUGGUAAAUUUACAUGGUUUGUGACUAUCUCUGUUUUAAUGAGAAUGCACCAUCUUAUCAAUACCUUUCAUGUGCAAUCAUAGCACCGGCUAUUCAGCACUCAAUAUUAAAAGAACUUACGACAGGGAGAAAGCUGAUCUUUUUGCUCUUAAUGGUAGCAAGAGCCUUAGGUUGUCUAAAAGAGCUCACUUAACUUCCUGUGCACUGUGUCUCAUUUCACAGAUCUAAGUUAACAUGCAUCUUGCUUUCAGUGGCUAUUUCUUAGGCAAUUCUUCAGAGAAAGUUUUGGUUUCACCUCAAGUACCCUGUGUGCCAUCCCAACUUCAUAGCUGUUUGACUGCCAAAGCUGAACUAUGAAACUUCACGUCAAUUGGGUACAGUUCUGUCUUCUAAGAAUGCAGAUGUACAUAAUUUGAGCUUUCUAUGUCACCAUUUUCAGUUCAGAGACCAGUCAGGACUGCAUCAUUUACAUCUCUGAUUGGCUUGAACCAAUGAUGGCAUAAAUAUCCUACUCCGAACAGCUUUUCAAUUAUUUUAUAAUUUAUUGUUUGUUUUUAAUUUUUAAAAAGUUGAUGAAGGUAUGUUUAACUUUAUAAGUGUACAUACAGCACUUGAAUUUUAUUUAAUUUUUUAACUUCCAACUGCUCACCUGAAACAGAGGGAGAGGCCAGGCAAAAGACUGAAUCGGUGUUCAGUUCACAGAUCAGUACACCUAUCAUCUGCAUUUCAAACUCGGGAAAAAUCACACCCAGUGGGGGGGACAUGCAGUGCAACUCCUGUUUUUGUUUUGUUCUGGGUAUGUAUUUACGUACCCUGAUUCCCCUUUAUUGUAAGAUUAUAGAAUUCCCAAGUAAGAAAGUUUUGCAUUAUUGUUCUCUAGUUUGGUUGCCCUUUCAGACUGUUGCAAAGGUGUAUAUAUGCAUGCUUACUUUGUUCAGCAAUUCACCAUCUGAGAACACUGCAAUUCUGUUGUCUUGGACUGGACUUGUGAUAUGCUGUUGCUGUUUUGUGUUUAAUUUGGAUUGGGAUUGGGCUUCUCUAGUACUAGCUAGAGAACAAAAAAAGCUCUUCACGGAGCUCUUCUGCAGCAGUCAGCAGCAGGAGCCCCAUUUCUGUGGAGCAAUUUGCAUUGCGGCCAUUUGGUUUAAGGCCAUUUGAUGUACCAUCACCAUUGUGUGUAUCUAGUCUCAAUAACCAUGUGCAUCCACAUAAAGACAUAGGGCCAAUCCAUACAGCAAACAUGUAUCGGUUUUCUACCAGUUGGUGGUGGCUUGAUCCAUUAGGGCUUCUCUUGGUUCAUUUGUCAUGCUAAGCCAAACCAUGGUUUAGUGCAAGCAUGAGGGUUAUGGGACAUGAUAUUGUGGUUGCUUUGCUCUUCCCCAGUCGUUCUACUGCUAUGCUCAGCUAAACCACAGCUUGGUUUUGCAUGUUGUCCAAAUCCAUGUUUGUAGUUUAGUUCUCUCCAGACUAAUGAGUUCUGACAAAGGUUUUUCUUUUCUGAGAAGACUCAUGCCCAUGGCUGCUGGCUUAGCAUGAUGUACAAGCAAGGCUGUUAUCUUUAGCUGUUGCCUGUUAGGUAGGGUUGUCGUAUUUUGAGGAGCAAAAAAGAGGAUGCUAUGAUGGCCAUUCAAAGCAAAUAAAUGCAAUUUGUCUUGAAUUUUCCCCCUGAAAAAGAGGGUGUGUCCUGGAAAAAGAGGACACAUGGCAACCCUACUUAGGUGACAAUAAUCCAACUACAUCCCAGCACCCAUAGCCCUGACUUUUUUUGUGAAGACAAAGCAUGUACUUGCUAUCAAAAAAGUUUUAGUGCUACGGUAUAUUAUUUCUGUCUGUUGGAGUGCCCCAGAAGUGGCCACUCUGUAAUCCUGAGAAUGUAUAAAGUUAUACUCAUUAAAAAAUAUAUUGAGUUUCUAUUACUUUGAAUCAAGACGGUUAUUUAGCAGUAUUGAAACAAAGAGGCAAAUAUGCAACCAAAGGGCAACUGGGGUUGUCAUAAGUACAAUAAAAAAGAAGUUAAAAAAUCCUAAAACCUGAAGUACUGUACAGUAAUUGUGCAUCUUAGCUGAAAUUUAGCUAAUUGUGUUCACCCAAUCAUAUCAUUCAGCAAUUCAGGAAGUAAUAAGUGUUAAGCUAUUAUUUCAUUUGAAAUUAAAAAAUCAGCUAGCAAAACCAUGCCAGUUCCUAAUGAAAUUGGCAUAUCCAUUGUCAGUCUAAGAGCAAACAGAAGUUCAAUCAGGUGAUUCCCACCCCACUCCCAGCACCCACAACUAAAGCUUAUACACAUACUGCUAUGGUCAGAUUUUUAAUGUUGCUUACCCUUCAGCACCAAACGUUGAAAGAAAUGCUUUGUUUAGAGAACUUUCCUCCAACAGCAAUGACAGUAUAUGAAUUAUGUAAAGUAGAUAUCUUCAACCUCCUCAUCCACAGGACCCAAGACCCACUUUAAAGCAAAUAUGCAUUUCAGCACCUAUUUCUCCAUCUUUUAUUAUAUAUUUGCAUGGUUGCAACCCACCUUGGCUCAGGCCAGACUCUCUAAUGAGUCACAACCCAGCAGUUGAAGGUCAGUGACACACAACAUAUAAGAGCUGAGGGAGUACAUGAGAAUGAAAAGGAAUUUUCCUCACAGGAAUGAGAUUACAAAAGCUAGUAAGAAAGUGCUAAUUCUUUUAAUAGUAAGUGAAGGUUUGGUUAAAGCACAGGUUGUUAAGUAUUGCUCUCAGCUGGGUUGUUCUUGAGACUACCCUUUUGCCCUUGGAAUGACAGAAAUCCAUACUUUCAUUUACAGGGUCCCUGUGGUUAAUAAAAAGGAAUUAAAUGAAAGCUUUAAUGUUAAAGGAGACUCCAACGCUAUUGUGUGCUGCCAGUAGAGUAAUACUUCUCUCACAGUCGGGCACAGGGGGGAAAUGGAGUCAUUCUGCAGCUUCCUUGCACUGCUACAGAGCCACAAUGCAGGAAUGCCAACUUAAAUAUAAAAUAUUGGGGGAGGGGUAGGCAGUGCUUUUUUUCUUUAAAAAUGUUUAGAGGUACUCUCAUUUUGACUCAAGAA